GUCAGAAUGCUGAUGCAACAAUGGCAAUGAUAUUACAAGAUAAUGAGUGGAGUGGACGAUGGUAUGAAUUUGAACAAAAGGCAUAUGUAAUGUUAUAUGUUGCAUCAACAUUUGAUUUUCAAAAAAUGCCUGAAAUGAAAGUAGAGUGGUAUACUGAAACAAUCACUGAUGCUUAUAAUAAUAGUAUUUCUACAGGAUUUAUUAUUAUUAAAUUUCAA